ACAGCAGAGAGUAAAGACGCGAUCGCUUUGAGAUCUGAGAGCAGAAUGGCGACACCAGGAAAAGCAGGAAAGAAGGAGAAGAAGAAACCGGUGCCGGUGAAGACCUCCCUGAACAGCCCGUAUGAUCUGAAAUGGGCUCCGUUAGAAAAAGGACAUGCGAGAUUCAUUCUGAAAACAGUGAGUGAGAAACUGGAUACGCUCGGACUUCGCAAAAACAACGUGAAAGUUUUCCGAAAAUGGGGGAACAGAAAGGAGCGGAAGAAAAAACGCUCGGAUCGGGUGGAGACUAGUGAGCCGAUUCAGCUCGACAUCAUUGAGCCGAUUCAGCUCGACUCCACUGAAUCCACAACGGUGGAAGCGAUUCAGCUCCACACCAAUGAAUCGACACCUGUGGAAUCGACUCAGCUCAUCACGACAGAGUUAAAACCGACCGACUCGAUUCAGAUCGACACACCUGGAUCAGAACCGAGUUCAGUGGAGCGAGGCUGGACUGUGAAGGACCUAAGGAAACAAUUAGCUAUUGGUAUUAACGAGGUGACCAAAGGUCUGGAGCUGAACGAACUGAGUUUGGUGCUGGUCUGUGACUCAGUGCGACCCGCUCACAUCACUGCCCACCUAAUCCCGCUCAGUAAAACCCGCUCGGUACCCGCAUGCCAGCUGCCCGGCCUGAGCUCCAGCAUCGCCCCGUCUCUCGGGAUCAGCAGCGUGCUCGCUCUCGGCUUCAAGCGCGCCGCCGAUGUGUUCUCUGAUACAGUCACUGCCCUCGUACCCAAGAUGCCCCCGGUUGGGGUGGCCUGGGUACCUAAAGAGACACCGGGACCUGCACAGGGGGAGCAGGGGUCACCCACGGUCCAGCAGUCAGAUCAAUCAGAUCAGUGCAAACAGCAGAGUGAAGAAUCAGGGAAGAGAAAGAGAAAAUUAGAGCUUUCACCUGAAGCUAAAGAGCCAAGAGCAGAACUUCAACCUCUCAAAGUGAAGAAAAUCAUCCCAAAUCCUUCCAAAAUCAGAAAGCCAAAGCAAAACAAAGCAAAGAAAAAAUGAACUUCUUGUUUAUGAUAAUUUUGAGACUACCAGGGUCAAAUAUUACCAAAUGCUGAUCAAUUCAUGAUUUAUUUUAUAUAUCUACUAAUCACCCAGUUAGGCUUGCAAUGGUCUGGCACCACCUGAAAGCACUGGGCACAAAGUGCACCAAUGCUGAUGAACUUGAACUUAAUUUGGGUAAAAACUGAAUAACAAAAAGGGACAUCGUAAUAAACAUCACUUCAGCCUUUAACAAAAUUUUUUCAUAUGUUUGUUUAUAGCCAAUUUCCACUCAUUAAGCCACAAGCUCUUUGCAGCUCAUUCAGCAUUUCUAGCUGAUCAACAUGAGUCUACAGUAGCUUAAGUGUAACAAUGCGAGUGAUAGUCCUACACUCGAACUAUGCUGUCAGGCCUCCUGGCCACUGAUAGCUGUGGUAUCUUCAGGGAUGGACCUCGGAGCCCACUUCAGUCCUUUUUGAUGGUCUUACUAAAACAGCUCGACUGUCAGAAGAACUGCUGCAUGAGGAACCAGUAAAGAAAAAGUGGAUUCAACACAAAGUUAAGGUGGACAAAAAAAAAGUAAAACAAUAAUUUUCUUAAGAAGUGCACAACGAGUUAAUGCCAUAAUGUUUGGACAAUACUUUAUUUAUAAUUAAUAUAGUGAGCAGUGUUUGAUUUAGUUGUAGGAAGGUAUUAAAAGUCACAAAUGUCCACAUGAUGGUUCAA